ACACACACUCUCACAGCCUCUCACACGCACAUACACCCUCUCACACACACACUGUCACACACACAGGCAGAAUGCAGCAGAUCUACAGGCAGAGUGAUGAACAGUUUGAAGUCUUCACAACGGUCAUGUCUGCACAAAUGUGUAAAACAAGAAUGAGGCAGGAAGAUGAGGAGAAGGUUGUGGUGUUGCAGCAGUAUCAAGCUUGUUGGCCAGAUGAGAUGGACUUGUUGCCGGGGGAAUCAGUUCAGGUGUUGCUAAGAGACGACACCUGGUGUUUCGGCCGCCUGCCCAAUGGCAUUGUGGGAUACUUCCCAACCUCCUGCGUCACCCUGCCUUCUCAGGAGGAAGAGAGAGAGAUGUCCAGUCCAAGUGUGCACAGGAGGAAGUCAGUGCAGGAUACUACAGUGACCCCAUGUGGCUUCAAAGGGGGGCGUUCCCUGCGGUUGCCACGGCGAGCGCUGUCACUCUCAGCUGCAUCAGGAUGCUCCGCCUCCCCAGGCCUGUUCCAGAGAAUGCUGAAUGCUGCCCGUCGCCAUAGUUACGGCCCCGCCCAUCUCCUCGGCUCCCAAAACUCCGCCUUCACGUCCGAAUAACUGAGUGUGGGAGAAUCUGUGUGUGUGUGUGUGUGUGUAUGUGUGUGUGUAUGUGCGUGUGUGUGUCUGUGUGCGUGUG